AUGGCCAACUCAGACACCUCCGUCGAAUAUGGCAGUGAUGAAGGGGUCGAGAAGCGAGACUAUCCAGUCAAGUGGUAUCGCUCCACGUUCUUCAACAUGACCAUUCUGGGACUUUGCAACUUUAGUGCACCAGGUAUCUGGGGCGCGAUGAACAGUCUCGGUGCUGGCGGGGCACAAUCACCACACCUUGUCAACGCAGGCAACGCGCUCACCUUUUGUCUCAUGGUUGUGAGCUGCUAUUUUAGCAGUGUGAUGGUGCAUUACAUCGGAAUCAAAGGAGCACUGAUGUUUGGAACCAUCGGUUACGCUCCCUACGCAGCAGCGCUUUAUACAAACAACCGCUUCGGAACUGAGUGGUUUAUUUACCUUGGUUCCUCACUAUGCGGCAUCUCAGCAGGUGUCUUCUGGAUGGCCGAAGCCGCAAUCGCGAUUGCAUACCCCGAGCCUUGGAAUAAAGGAAAAGCACUUGGCUAUUGGCUUACGUACCGACUUGCUGGCCAGAUCCUUGGAGGAGCCAUCAACCUUGGUCUCAAUGCAGACCGCGAUCAAGCUGGCAAAGUCACGUACACGGUGUACUUGGUCUUCAUUGCUCUGCAAUGCGUUGGUCCGGUAGUAGGACUAUUCCUGAAUCGACCCAGCAAGGUACAAAGAAAGGACGGGAAGAAAGUCACCCUGGCCAUCUUGGACAAUCCUUGGUUUGAGAUUAAGCAAACUACUAGGCUGUUCUUCACGAAACGCUUCUUACUCAUCCUUCUUUGGAUUGGCCAAGCUGUUUUCUCUGAAGCAGUUUUCUUCACCUAUCUCGCUUUAUGGUUCUCCGUCCGUGCCCGCGCCCUCGGAUCGUUGCUAUCCGGCAUUGUCGCAGUAACCACAGGAAACAUACUCGGCCAAUACCUAGACCGCAUCAAGAUACCUCUGAGAACCCGCGCACGUAGUACUUUCUGGGUUAUCGUCGUUCUGCAAGGCGCCUGGUGGCUUUGGGCCACAGUACUCGUCACUGAGUUCCGCGAUUCGAAACCGACAUACGACUGGGUCUCGCCUGGCUUCGGCCGUGCUUUCGCCGUCUUCAUAUUCUUGACUGCCGGUUUUCAAAUGAACUACCUGUUUCUAUACUUUGUGAUUGGCCAGCUAGCGGUAGACGAACCUGAAGUUAUUCGCUACGCCGCAUUGUUGAGAGGAAGCGAGAGCGCUUGGCAGGCAGUUAGUUACGGAAUCACGAGUGUAACGGUAUUCGCCGAGGUUGGAGCUGUAUACUGGAACUUUGCGCUAUGGGGAGUAGCGGUCUUGCCAGCAUGGUUGGUCAUAAGGGAGUUUGGUGCUGAUAAGGUAACCAGCGCGCAGGCUGUCGAGAGUGGGUCAGAGAAUUGCGAUCAGCAUGAGGUUGAAGAGCCUCCAAAGAGUGUAUUGAGUUGA